AUGGCAGCAAAGACCUGGCUUGUGACUGGCGCAUCCUCUGGCCUUGGAGCUACUAUCGCCGAAGUCGCUCUCAAAGCUGGCCACAAGGUCAUCGCCACAGCUCGCAAUCCAACAAAAGCAGCGGUAGAGAACCCUCAAAUCGAACAGCUCGGCGGUACUUGGAUUCGACUCGAUGUGACAGAAAGAGAGACAACAAAGAAAGUAAAAGACGCGAUAGACCAAGCCGGCGGGCAGAUCGAUAUAGUUGUCAACAACGCCGGAUAUUCACUCCUGGGAAGCAUUGAAGAUAUGAGUGAAGAGGAGAUCUCCACGCAGUUCAGCACGAAUGUUUAUGGCCCUGUCCGUGUACUCAAGGGUGCUCUGCCGUUUAUGCGAGCGGCCAGAUCAGGUACAAUUGUCAACAUCAGCAGUAGUGCAGGGCUAGAUGGGUUGCCUACGUGCGCGAUGUAUGCUGGGACCAAGUUUGCUAUGGAAGGCAUGUCCGAAAGCCUUUCAAAAGAGUUAGAGCCAUUCGGUAUCCGUGUACUCAUCGUCGAACCAGGUGCACUUCGCACCCAAUUUUGGUCUUCUUUUGUCGAACCAGCUGCUGGAAUGAACCAGGACUAUGCUGGAACGCCAUUGGAGAACGUGUUGGAUUUGUUCCGAUCUGGCCAUGGAAAUCAACCGGGCGAUCCUUUUAAAGUGGCCCAGAGAAUUGUGGAAGCCGUGACAGGCACCGGUGUGAGUGCUGGAAAAGGAGACUUUCUUCGAUUGCCGCUUGGGCCAGACUGCUAUAAGCGCUUUCAGACCAAAAUUCAAAGUAUGCAGGAGAAUUUGUUGCAGCUUAAGGAUAUCGCGCACUCGACAAGCUAUGAACAGAUGGAUACUCCAAACUUGAGUUAG